GUAAGGGGAUGGGGCUGGUGAUUUUAGGGACUGAAAUAUAAAGCUGCCUAAGCUCGCUGCCGUUUCCGCCAUGACAGACCCCGCUCUAGUCGAAUCUGCAAUCUGUCAUCAUUCUGACGCAUGUUGUCUUUUGCUCUCGUCGCUUAUUCGGAUAGAGAACAGCGGCUCCUCCUGGAAUGCCUAGUUAGCACCUCCAUUUAUAAAACCGAGCCAUUGUCAGGUACUCAAUGACAAGCUUAGAAGCUGCGGCCACCUUCGACACGCAAAAUGUGGGGCAUUUCCGUAUUUCAAGACCUGUAUUUCUCGCUGGUGUUGGCGUUUCGAGCUGGAAAAAAAAACAAGACACGAAGUGCUGAUCAUGCUUAUGUGUGCGUUGACUGUUACGACAACUUGCUAUUGUCUGAUUCUGCAGGGUUACUUUGUUCCCGAAUGCGUCUAUAAGUCGAUGGCCGGUAACCAGAGCUUUAGGAAUCCGUCUCCUCGUUCGAGCGGCCAGCCAGCGACAUAUAACGCAAAUGUGAGCCCUCUGCUUAUGAGAGGGCGAAUUCUAGUCCCUAAAGGAAUAAAGAGAAGAAAAGAAUGGAGGAAGGAAGACAAAAAGAAAGAUAGUCGAACAUGUGCAGAAGCAUCAGCCCUCAAUGGUCAAGCCAUGAUUCUCAAUGGCCUCACGUUGAAAGCCACUUAUGACGACCAUUCAGGAGCCUGAUUGCUGGACAAGCGAAUACGACAUGGGAAGGCAGAGUACGUUGUAGAAUUGAAGGGCCGGCCGGAGAUGAAGAAGUCGUGGUAGAACGAAAGGACGAUAAGCCGUGUACGAAUCAGUGAGUCAGCCCGCUGGGCUGAAGACUUUCUCCAGUGGUAACUAUUCAUUAGUAGCUGUCCCUUAUGCACUGUGUGCUGGCUUAAUUGCCUCCAAGCGGCUUGUCAAUGACUGAAUUGUAGGAUGCGACGUUUCGAGCUGAACGUUGACGACAAGUUUGCCCUCGAGCCUUGCAAUGUGGCACACUCAGAAGAAAAUAUACCUGCUCGCAACCAUCGAGAAAUAAAGAAUGGAACAGUUGAACUGAAUCAAAAUCAAUGCGAUUUUCCU